UAAUUGAUAUUAUUUAUUAGGGGUUUAUGUCUGGAAAGUAAGUGUCUCUCUUGUUCUAGUGUAUACACAGCAAAUGGCGACGAGAAAAGAGCCCUGGUGCGGUGAUGCCACAUAUCUCAACAGCUGGUUGGAACAAUUGGAAGAAGCCUUCAUCCUGGAGGACCUGGUAGGAGACGAUAACGACAGAAAACGGGUAGCGUCACUGCUAACGUAUGUGGGCAGAUAUGGCUACGAAAUUCUUAAAAAUCUCUUCUCUCCAGCCAAACCGAACACCAAAAAGUAUGACGAACUGACCAAAGCUCUCAGAGAUCACGUUAACCCUAAACCAGUUGUAAUGGUCGAGCGGCAUCGGUUUGCGCAACAGACGCAAGGAAGCAAAACGGUAACAGUGUUUCUGACUGACUUAAGAGCAGCGGCCGAACAUUGCGAAUUUGGGGACUUCUAUGAGGACGCUCUUAGGGACAGGUUUAUAUGUGGGUUGGCGGACAGUUCGAUAAGGAAAGCACUACUAUCGGAGGAAAAGACAUUGUCGCUGAAAGAUGCGCAUGCUAAAGCGUUAGCCAGAGAACAAGCAGCCUCGAACGCGAAAGUGGUUGUUGGUGGGGAGUCUGAAGCGAACUAUGUACAGCAGACAACUCCUAAGUGGGGGAAGAAGGAACAGAAUAACAGACAUCAAAGGACUACAGCUCAGGAAGCAGAGACAAUCUGCAAGUUUUGUAAGUUAAAAGUUCGAAAUUCCAAAUGUUCUGAGAACAAUUGCAAAACGUCUUGUUUUCUGUGUGGUAAAGUAGGCCAUACUAAACGAUUCUGUUUUAAAAACCCUAGAAAGUCCAAUAGCCAUAAUGUUGAGAUUGAUGAUUCUUUAAAUUCGAAUAGCCAUAAUGUUGAGAUUGAUGAUUAUUUAACUUCGAUGAACUAUAUUGACACGUUUUUAACUAGUACUGUGGAUAGUAAACCCAUGAUUAAUCUGUUUGUUAACUCCCAUCCAGUAGAGAUGGAGCUUGAUACUGGGUCUCAGUUGACCAUAAUUAGUAAAUCUGCACUGCAAGGGUGCAGAAAUUUAGGUUUGAGACUGUCAGAUCGGAUCAUAAGGGUCGCUAACGGCCAACUAGUUAAAAACAUAAUGCAGGGUUCAGUCGAAGUAAGUUGUAGUGGUUGUAAGUAUUCUAACUUGACGGUCCAUGUAGUCGACCAGCCAUUUCCCUCUUUACUAGGAAGAGACUGGAUACGCAGGUUAUUCGGAGAGGAUUGGCUUAGUAAGUUCGAUGUAGAAGGUACAGGUUCAGGUAUUAACAUGGUGUACGAUAGCUCUAAGUGUGCUAGCCAGAUUAGUUCAGGGAAGGAUCCUAAUUCAGAACGGGAACCUGGUGACAUGACGGAUUUCCUUAACAGGGUCAGAGGGAAUUCAGUCUUCGAAGACGGUGUUGGGCUGAUCAAGGAUUUCCGAGCUAACAUACAGGUGAAAGAGGGCAGUAUGCCAGUUUACAGGAAGUCAAGAACUGUAGCCUAUGCUUUGCGAGAAAAGGUUGAUAACGAUCUCAGACGUCAAGUACGGGAAGGUUUGCUGGAGAACGUUGAACACAGCAAGUAUGCAAGCCCGAUCGUGAUCGUAGACAAGCCAGACGGAGCAAUACGGAUUUGUGGGGAUUACAAAGCUACUGUAAAUCCUCAGCUGGACGCAAAGCAGUACCCGCUACCGACGGAGGAAGAGUGCUUUUACCCCAUGAGAGGCGGGAAGAAGUUUACUAGAACAAGAGAGACACUUACUUUCCAGACAUAA